GGUCAAUGCAGCGGGUGAACAGGACUUUUAUUUUGGAGUAACGACAUGACGUCAUAAGACUGCGCCGCGCUCCUGCAUCUGCUGUGAUUCUGCUGAAGAAAGAUGGCGUUUAUUAAAGAGGAGACUGAAGACAUAAAGAUGGUGAUUAUUAAAGAUGAGACUGAAGACAUGAAGAUUGAGUUUAAUAAAGAUGAGACUGAAGACAUGAAGAUUGAGUUUAAUAAAGAGGAGUUUGAAGAAAUAAAGAUUGAAGAAACAUUCAGUGUGAAACAUGAAGAUACUGAGGAACAAACAGACCUAAUGGCACUGAAAGAGGCGGGUCAUGAACUUAAUGAAAGGGAAGAAGAGAAAGAACAUUAUGAUAAACAUCAUGAUUUCAUGACUGGGGAAAGAGCGACACAGACUAAAAAGACUUACUCACAAAAAAGAGCUCAAAAGACAGGAAUUAAAAGUUAUUUGACCUGCCAACAGUGUGGAAAGAGUUUUGAUCAUCGUCGAAACCUACAAGUCCACUUGAGAGUUCACACUACAGAGAGCCCCUUUAGUUGCCAACAGUGUGGCAAGAGUUUCACACUUAAAAAAAACCUUAAAGUCCACAUGAGAAUUCAUACUGGAGAAAAGCCUUACACCUGCCAACAGUGUGGACAGAGUUUUAGUCAAAAAGGAAGCCUUAUAGUCCACAUGAGAGUUCACACUGGAGAGAAACCUUUCACCUGCCAGCAAUGUGGACAGAGUUUCAGUAAAAAAGGAAGACUUACAGUCCACAUGAGAAUUCAUACUGGAGAAAAGCCUUACUCCUGCAAACAAUGUGGAAAGAGUUUCACACUUAAAGAAACCCUUAAAGUCCACAUGAGAAUUCACACUGGAGAAAAGCCUUAUACCUGCCAAGAGUGUGGACAGAGUUUCAGUCAAAAAGGAAGCCUUAUAGCCCACAUGAGAAUUCACACUGGAGAGAGCCCAUUUGCCUGCCAACAGUGUGGAAAGAGUUUCAGUGGAAAAGGAAAAUUUGAAAUCCACAUGAGAAUUCACACUGGAGAAAAGCCGUAUACCUGCAAACAAUGUGGAAAGAGUUUCACACAUAAAGGAAGCCUUAAAGUCCACAUGAGAGUUCACACUGGAGAAAAGCCUUACACCUGCCAACAGUGUGGACAAAGUUUCAGUCGAAAAGGAAGCCUUAAAGUCCACAUGAGAACUCACACUGGAGAGAAACCUUUCACUUGCCAACAGUGUGGACAGAGUUUCAGUCGAAAAGGAAGCCUUAAAGUCCACAUGAGAAUUCACAGUAGAGAAAAGCCUUAGACCUUCACUCUGUGCGGGAAUGGCUUCACACGGGAACCAAGCCUUAGGGAACACAUGAACAUUCACACUGGAGAGAAGCCAUUCAUAUGUGGUCAGUGUGGAAAGAGUUUCAGAUUUAAAGGUAACCUUAAGUGCCACAUGAGGAUUCACUCGAAAGAGAACUGUUUUAGAAGUCGUCACUGUGGAAAGAGCAGAGGUGUAAAGAGUACAUGAAAACAUUCUUGAAUAAAAGUACAGAUACCUUACAGUAAAAA